CCAGAAUCCGCGAGCGGUGGUCGCGUCCAGGGACUGUGAGAUCUCUGGUCCCCUCCCACCCCGCGCCCUACCACAGCGAAGUUCCCAUUUUUGGCCUCAAAUCAGACCAAAGCCUCACAAAUAUCGCGUAGAAAACUCGCUCAUCAUUUAAUGAUCGGAUAACUCAUUGCCGUGUCUCCAACCCUUCUCCUCUUUCCACAGAAAUCUGAUGAAGAUCCACUCAAAAAAAGGCCAUUUUUUGUGUUAAAACCCGGAUUUUUGCGAUCUGGACGGUGUCCGCUUUUGUUGCAAUCUCUGAGUCUGGGAAAUAUUAUUCGGCGUAGAUUGGAUUGGAAGGAUGUUGAGGAGUUGCCUGCAGUCGGCGCUGAAGCUGGUGAAUUCGGUGAUUGGGAUGGCGGGGAUGGGAAUGAUUCUUUAUUCCCUCUGGAUGAUGCGGGUUUGGUCCAAGCAAAUUGAUGGCUUCGAUUCCAGUUCCACCCCUCCAUGGUUCAUUUACACAUUUCUUGGCCUAGGAAUCUUCUUAUGCUUGAUAACUUGCUCAGGUCUUAUUGCUGCUGAAACUGCUAAUGGCUGUUGCCUUUCAUGUUACAUGGUGUUUGUGUUUUUGCUUGUUUUGUUGGAGGCGGCAAUUACUGUGGAUAUAUUUCUUAACAGAAAUUGGGAAGAGGAUUUCCCAGAGGAUACAACGGGGAAAUUUGACGAGCUUAAGGAUUUUGUGAGAUCAAAUUUUGAGAUGUGCAAAUGGAUAGGAUUGUUGGUUGUGGCUGCACAGGCAUUGUCCAUCUUCCUGGCCAUAGUGCUUAGGGCUCUUGGGCCAGAUCAUGGAAGUUACUACGACAGUGAUGAUGAUAUCGUACCCGCAAGGUUACCUUUACUGAGAAACCAGGUUCACCACACUCCAUACACUGCUGAACCUAAUUUAUCCACAAAGAAAGAUUCUUGGAAUGUUAGAAUCCCUGAGAAGGUUAACAGGUGAAAUAUCUAACCAGAGUGCCUCUUUCCAGAAACUAUAAUUUGAUUAUAGUUACUGGUAACCUUCAUUCAUAUUCAGAUAGGGUCUCGUGCUGUUGUAUUCUACGUGUAUAACAUGUAAGCGAAAAAUAAUAAUGUAAAUGGCAUUAGAAUUGCUGCAGUAUGUACAAAUGUUUAUUCAUAACAUAUAUUCUGACACAGCAGUAGUUGUAUGAGUCUUUAUUACAACUAUACAGCAAGACCAGGGCAUCAUGCCUUGUUUUACAAUUGGUACGGCAAUUUGCACAAGCUAUCGAUUGUUGUUGCAGGAGUUACAUCUGUGGUAAUGCUGAGGCAUGGGAACAGCCUUUGAAGCAAGCUUGCAUUUCAGCAGACAGGCUUUUCAUAAACUAUGCUCUUUGAUUACCAUAAUGUAUGCCUUUUUUGUGGCUCGCAGCAAUCAUGCAGGGACUGGUGGGAAUGAUAUUUUUGUGGAACUUUAUAUUGAA